AAAUAGUGACUUACUGUCCCAACACUACCCAACGCGUGUACUGUAGGUGGUGGUGUUACUAAGUUUUACAAUACAGUAAUAUUAAAGAUGGGGCGAAAGAUACCAGGGAAGAAACACAGAGGCGUAAAGGAUCCUUAUAAACAGCAAGAACAACGCUUUAAUAAGAUAAAGGACAAGGUAAAUCGCAAGCCUUCCUCAACUGAUGUUCAAGAGAUACCCAGAAAGCUGCAUAAAAUAUCCAAAUUUGAGGAUAAUGAUAAAAGUGGACCACUGUUUGUGAAGAAAAUGAAGAAGAAGAAGAAGAAAGAUCUUAUUGAUGCUACCAAGUUUAUGGACCGGGAGAAACACCAGCCAGGUAUGACUCGGCCACUGAAGAUGGUCCCCAUGCUUAAACAGCAUCCACACGAGAGUGAAAAGAAGUUCGUCAAGAGGGUUGAUAGAGCAACAAAGGUAAUACUAAAAGAAGCUGCCUUUGAGGACAAAUUUCAGGUGGAUGUAAUGAGGGAUGAACAGGGCAGUGUUACAUCUGUGAAACGGAGAGAGAACAGUGACCCAUUGCUCUCAGAAAAAAAGCAACUGGAAGCUAAUGAACGAGCACAAAGAAAGAAACAAGCAAGAAAGGAACGUGACAUUCGGAGAAAACACAAAAACAAGAAGGAAGAAGAUGAUGAUGAAUUCUCUUAUUACCAAGACAAAGUUGAAUUUGGAGAAGUUGUCUAUGAGCCACCAAGUCUGGACACAGAAAAACUCACCAGAAAGGUUAAUGGAGGAGUUACAAAGCCUAAAACAUUCUUGUUCAUGGAUAAGCUAAAAAGACCAGAAGACUCAGACACUCCAGCCUCCAGUACACAAGUUAAGAGUCAGAAGAAAGGGAAUAUAUCAGCAGCAAGGAAAAGGAUCCUGGAGGAGGAGAGAGUCAGAGUAAUGGAAGCUUACCGAAAGAUGAAGGCCGCAAAAUACUCCAUUGUCCUUGGAACAUAGUAAUAGUGAAACUCUAAUAUUGAUUUAAGUUUGAAUAAAGACCAUAUAUUAAC